UAUAUUUUAAGUUUUGCGUUAUAAUUUUAUUUUCAUUUAUUUUAAUUGCAAAAUAAUUUGAAGUCAUUAGGAAGGCUGCUUUAUCGUGCAGAAAUCAAAAUGCCAAAAUCAAAACGCAAGCAUGGCAAGCCUACCAGUGAAUUGGCACAAGCUAUCCGAGCUUUAUCACUCCAUGAAGAAAACUCUAGUACUUCUAGUUUAUUGGAUGCUGUAUUCUCAGAUACGGAAUUCAUUGCAUCAGAAGAUAGGCCCGUUGAGGGUCCCUUUGAUUUAUUUACCAUGCUUACAGCUGAGAAACCAUUAUAUACUAUGGACGACUUAGAGAAAGAUCCAGAUGAAAUUUCAACUGGUAGUUUAUCUUAUCGAGCCUUCGAGGAGCUGAAAAAUGAAUUUGAAGAAUUGCCAGAUUUUUUUGAUUUGCUCCAGGAACCAGCAACUCCCAGCGAUAUGAGUUUAGCAGAUAGAACUACAUCAUUACGUUGGAGUAGUACUCGUCAAAAAAGUCGAGCGUCAAUAGAAGGGCAAUUUUAUGAUCCUUUAACCGGAGAUAAACUGUCGUCUAUGGAAGAAGAAGAAACUGAAAAAACUGAAGAACGUGAAGACAAAACUGACAUUAUUGAUUCGGACGAAGAGGAAAAAGUAGAUCUCAGUAUAAUAAUGCCAGAAUUGAUUGUAGAAAAAGUGAUAAAAAGAGAUAGUAGUGAUGUAGAGGAUGAUGCUAGAAUAUUUUUUGAAGUACCAGAACAUAAACCGACAAUUCAUUAUGAUUUUGAAUUACUUGCACAAGAGGAGUUUAUGCGUAUAUUAAAUAAAGAUAUACAUAACAUAAUCAUUAAAAUCAUAACACAUGUUGUAAACAAAUGUGAACAUUUCGAAGUUAAGGAAGUACUUUACCGUGCGUUUGAUAAAAGUAAAUUACUUGAUCAAUUAAAAGAAACUCAAGAUCAUUUAUUAAAAGAGAAACAAGUUAAUCAGUUCCUUAUUCGCAAGUGUGGUCAUUAUUUUAGAAGAAAGGGGGCUAAGCGAUUUAUUAUGGAGAAUCGAAAAUUACAUCGCAAUGAACAGCAAAAACUAUUGAAUUUAUACGAUAAUUUAAAUUGUGUGAUAAUAGAAGAGCGUACGAUGACUGAACUAUUGGGGAAUAAGAUAGCUGAAGAACAAAGCCAUGCUGACGCCUUAUGGGAAGAAAUAAGUAAUGCUCAAAAUGAGUUUGAAGAUUUUGUAAGAACAACAUUGGGGACAAACAGAUCUGCAUCUUUGAAGGAAAUGAUUGAACAUCACUUAAACUAUUUUAAUGCUGUACGAAAAGAUAUGAGAGCAGUACGCUUGCGUUUGAUACUACAACAACAUUCCAGAACGAAAAUAUUUGAGGAAUAUGAAGACAUGUAUCAUAUAACAGAUGAUUUACGAUUAGAACAUUUUGAUCGAAUUAACGCAGAAGUGCAAAGUCUUGAUAAACAUAUUGAAGGAAGUAAAGCUGAGCUCAGAAAAUUGCACAUCGAAUUUAAGCAUGCCUUGCAUUCUAUUGCACAUUGUCGAGAGAAACAGUUGGUUAUGCAGGAAAGUUUCAAGGAGGAGCAAGUAGAAUAUGACAAUCUUGUUGAAGAACAGGAUGAUUUAAAGUCGCAAGUAAAAAAUUUAGAAUUAGUGCAAAUGUCAUUAAGAAAUGAGUUGGAUGAACUGAGCUAUGAGACUGGAAUUAUAGAUAAACCUGCGCUUUUAUAUGAUUAUGAUAGUUUAACUGAAUUUAAUGAGACUCAAACAGCUGUUAAUGCACGCCUUCGUGAAAAAAUUGCUUAUUUAAGUAACGAAUGUGAUAGAUUAGAGAAAAAUAGAAAAAGAGAUUCCCUAAUAUUUUAGAUACUAAAGUAAUAUAAAAAUUUUUUGUAAUAAUGCCUUUAGAUAUAUAUGUUUAUACUGACUUUUUACAAUAAAUGC